GAAGGACAGGAUGACAAAAGUCAAAUUUACCUCCAGUUGGCAACUGGAAGAUGGGAGGAGGUUUCUGUUUAUCUAAUCAGAACACCAGGGUGCAAUUUGGUUGCUGAAAAACUUGCUUAUUUUACAAAGCGCGGGAAGCAAGAGCAGUCCAUCCUUGUCCUUUCCACCUUCUGAUGUCCCAUGGCCUGCGAAAGCCCCUUUCCUGGGGUUGUGGAACCCUGAAUUUCUAAGAGGACUUUGAGAGUGAACUAUAAACUAUCAGGAAAAUGAGUGAAGAAAGUGCCCCUGAAGCCACUUCCCCUCCACCUCCCCAGGGACAGCGCUACUUUGACCGAUUCUCAGAAGAUGACCCCGAAUAUAUGCGUCUUCGAAACAUGGCAGCUGACCUCCGGCAGGACUUCAACAUGAUGGAGCAGAAGAAGAGGGUCACCAUGAUCCUGCAGAGCCCUUCUUUCAGGGAGGAGCUGGAGAGCCUUAUCCAAGAGCAGAUGAAGAAAGGAAAUAAUUCUUCGAACAUCUGGGCCCUCCGGCAGAUCGCGGACUUCAUGGCCAGCACCUCCCAUGCUGUCUUUCCAACUUCUCCCAUCAAUCUCUCCAUGAUGACCCCCAUCAACGACCUCCACAGCGCUGACUUGCCAAACUUGGCCAAAGGGGAACGACUCAUGCGUUGCAAGAUUGGCAGUGUCUACCGACUCUUAGACCUAUAUGGAUGGGCCCAACUGAGCGACACUUACGUCACGCUGAGAGUCAGCAAAGAGCAGGAUCACUUCCUGAUUAGUCCCAAAGGCCUCUCCUGCAGUGAAGUUACAGCUUCCAGUCUGAUCAAAGUGAAUAUCCUUGGUGAAGUGGUGGAGAAGGGCACCAGCAGCUUCCCCGUGGAUCCCACUGGCUUCAGUCUGCAUUCAGCCAUUUACGCAGCCAGGCCCGACGUGAGAUGCAUCAUCCAUCUGCACACCCCAGCCACAGCAGCGGUGUCAGCCAUGAAGUGGGGCCUCCUACCUAUCUCUCAUGAUGCACUGUUGGUAGGGGACAUGGUAUACUAUGACUUCAAUGGAGAAAUGGAAGAGGAAGCUGAUCGGAUCAAUCUGCAGAAGUGCCUUGGACCCACCUGCAAGAUCCUGGUGCUAAGAAAUCAUGGAGUGGUCGCUUUGGGUGAUACUGUUGAGGAAGCAUUUUAUAAGAUCUUCCACCUACAGGCAGCCUGUGAGAUACAGGUGUCUGCUCUGUCCAGUGCAGGAGGGUCAGAGAACCUCAUCCUGCUGGAGCGAGAGAAACACCGUCCCCAUGAGGUGGGUUCGGUACGAUGGGCUGGGAGCACUUUUGGACCCAUGCAGAAGAGUCGGCUAGGGGAGCAUGAGUUUGAGGCUCUCAUGAGGAUGCUGGAUAAUCUGGGUUACCGAACAGGCUACACCUAUCGAUACCCUUUUGUCCAAGAGAAAGCGAAGCACAAAAGCGAGGUGGAGAUCCCAGCCACUGUCACGGCCUUUGUUUUUGAAGAAGAUGGAGCACCCAUCUCCACUCUGAGGCAGCAUGCUCAGAAGCAGCAGAAAGAGAAGACCCGCUGGCUGAAUAGUCCCAACACAUACCUUCGGAUCAAUGUGGCAGAUGAGGUCCAGAGGAACACAAGCAGUCCUCGCACCAAAACCACAUGGAUGAAGGCAGAUGAGGUGGAGAAAUCUAGCAGUGGAAUGCCAAUCCGAAUUGAAAAUCCAAACCAAUUUGUGCCUCUCUAUACGGACCCCCAGGAAGUGCUGGAAAUGCGAAACAAGAUUCGGGAGCAAAAUCGGCAAGAUGUGAAGUCAGCAGGUCCUCAGUCACAGCUGUUGGCUAGUGUCAUAGCAGAGAAGAGUAGGAGUCCGUCUACAGAAAGCCACCUGGCCUCCAAGGGUGACACAGCUACCAAAGAUGACUCAGAGGAAACAGUGCCUGUGGGACCAGAACCCCCAAAUCCCUUCAGCCAACUCACUGACCAAGAACUGGAGGAAUAUAAGAAAGAGGUGGAGAGGAAGAAACUUGAACUUGACGGUGAGAAAGAAAGGACAGCAGAAGAGCCUAGCUCUCCUUUGAAGUCUGCUCUUGCUUCUCCAGUGAAGAGUCCAUCCAAAACAGAAGCAAAGAGUCCUGCCCUUUCCCCAUCCAAGUCUUCAGAGGGUACUAAGAAGACUGAAACAAGUAAAGCUGCCAAUGAAUCUGAAAAGACCAUGCCGGAAGGGGUAGUGGUCAAUGGAAAAGAGGAAGACCAGACAGUAGAAGAAGUUCUGAGCAAAGAAAUGAGUCAGAUGACUACCAAUACUGACACAGAUGUGGAUGCCUCCAAGGAAAAAACUGAGUCAGUCACCAGUGGUCCCAUGUCCCCAGAAGGCUCACCUUCUAAGUCCCCAUCCAAGAAGAAAAAGAAAUUCCGAACCCCAUCCUUUCUGAAGAAAAGCAAAAAGAAGGAGAAAGUGGAAUCCUGAUUUUCCCACCCUCAGGCUCCCCACUUGCUUCUCCUUCUUUCCUGCCCCUUCCCUCCCCCAUCUCUGUCUCUGAAAGUACAGAGCCACGGAAGGAUAGAGUAAGAUGUAGACUUGGACAGCUGGAAGAGACCUAAGAAUUCAUCUGAUACCAUCCUUUCAGUUGACAGAGGAGAACACUGAGGCUUAUCAGGGGGGAGUGACUUGUCUAGAGUCACAUAUUAGUUAGUGGCAGAGCCAGGACUAGAACCCAGGUCUUUGGACUCCUGGUCCAGAGUUCUUUUCACUAUGGCAAUGCUGCCUAGCUGCAAGCUGCCUUUUGUUAGAAUGGUGCCCACCAAUACUGAGCCAAAGGCUGGAAGCCAGGAAUGGCUCUCAGCCUCUCACACUCUCAAGCUAAAUGUGAGGGGAGGAGGGCUUUCCCAGCUUAUAAACUACUCUUUCUCUCAGGAACCUAGUUUCCUGAUGAUAUAGCUGUAGCUAACAGAAAUUAUUUUGUCCUUUUUCAUUUGGGGUUCCUAUCACCUCUGCUUGAGGACCUAAACACACUUUCCUGCACCCUAAAGCAAAUGCUAAUUUUCACUCUUCUGUUCAUCAGAGCUCAUCGUCCAGUGCUCUGGCUAUUAGACCCUGAGCUCUAAGAAAAACAUCUCUUUUCAUAAUGUAUGUGUGUGUGUGUGUGUGUGUGUGUGUGUGUGUGUGUGAGAGAGAGAGAGAGAGAGAGAGAUAGACAGACAGACAGAUAGACAGACAGACACAGACAGAGAACAAAAGCACAUACCCUGACAAGAGUUGGUAGAAUUGAAUGGAAGAAAAAAGAUUUCUGAAUUCAGGAAAGACAAGUGGAACUGAAAGCUAAGCAUCAACUUGCUCAAUAACCAAAGAAUACUAUUUUGGUUUCAUUAAUAUGAAAAGGUCAUAAUUUCUUGUCCCCUUAAAACGCUAGAGGUUGAAACCACAUUUAACAAAAGUAGAGAGCAGGAGGAAGAUGUCCCACCCUUCUCUUCUGUUUCUUAGCUAGGGUAGAAAUGGAAGAAGCCUAGGACAUCUGCUUGAUUUUGGAUUUCACAAAAUGAGGUAAGAUGUACUAUCUCUUUGGUGUUCUAUACGAAGACAUAGCUGCUAUCUUCUCUAAUCAAUGUUUAGUUGUCAUGCUCCCCUUGGAGAUUAAACCCUGCUGGUUAAACAUCAUUUCCUUGUUUAUCAGACUAUAAUCAAUGACCUUCCAUUUUGUAAGCUACUUGUGGCUCUCUUGGUUUAUCAUUAGGUCUGAGAGAAAUUAUUCUGAAUCCAGCGAAGAUGGAAAGCUCCAAAAGUCACUUAAAGCCAGGCAGCUUAGGCCACUUCUGAGGAAAUGGUUGAAUCUUCCCACUAUUUCUAAAAAAACAAAACAAAACAAAACAAAACAGCCUAUACCAUUAAUCCAUUGCAGGACUUGGUAAAAGCUGCAAAGUUUAUUUUAACACCAACACUACCUUUGAAGUUCUAUAAAACAGGUGUACUAUUUUCCCUUCUAGGCAGUGAUAUUUAAUAGAAAUCUUUUCUAUUGUGACUCAGUACUAAACAAAAAAAACACCAAACUGAUAAGACUUUUUUAAGUACCAAGUACUUUUGUUAGUUUAGAAUCACUAUUGAUUGUUACUCUCCUCUGUUUAAUAAGAAUAGGAAAUGGAGUAAGUAUAAAAACUUUAACUGAAACUCAACAUGGAUUAGUAAGAAAGGUGCUAAUGAUGAUACUAAAAUGCAGUUGUGUUCAAGUGAGCAACAAGGGCUUCUUGGUUAAGUUAGUAUUCCACUGCUGGGAGUGGGGAGCCUGAGUAAGAAAACGAGAUUUUGGUUUUUUUUAGUGACUAUAUAAAAAUCAAAGCCCUUCAUGUCACUAGGAACCUAGACUCCCAGAUGCUAUUUCUUCAGGACAAGUCCUUUCAGAUUCAAAAACAUCUAUUGAGUAGGUCAUACUUUUCAAAACAUUUUUGUUGAUUACCACCUUUAAAAAGAUUUCGUACUAACUUUAGAAAUUAAUAUUUAUUUUUAUUAGCAUGAGGAAAGAAAGUAAUGUUAAGGGUAAUGGAGUAAAGAAACAAAUUUAUGCCCUUUGAUCUGUGUGUCUAUAGUUAGAGAUGAGAGCAAACAUUCCUGUCCUGAGAAUCAUAAUCAUAGAAUCUCACCACUUCAGAGAUCAUCCAGUCUUAAACCACACCUGCACAGAACCAUCUCCAUGAUGUCUCUUACAAAUGAUCAUUAAGCUUUCUUUGAUGAUCUGCAUUAUUGGGGCACUUAGGACAUCCCCAAAAUACCCCAUUCCUCUUUUGGACAACUCAAAUCAUUUAUCAAUUCAAUGUCUUCUUUACAUGUACAUUAUACUCUAUAUUCUCUCCUGUUGUUCCUCUGCGCAGUCUGGGGCCAAUCAAAACAAAUCUAAGGACACACAAAGGACAGCUUUUGAAGUAUUUGUGGAUAGCAACCAUAAAUCAUCUAGACCUUCUCAGCUCCAAACUAAAUUAAGCCAACUCCAUUUCUUUUUAAAAUAGUAGCAGAGGCACAUGUAAGUAAACAUAUCAGCUUUAAAUCCCAAAGUCCAUACAAUGUGAUUAGAGUGAAAUUGCUUUAUAAUAAGGCCAUGUUGGAACUUCAGCAACAUCAGCAAUAUAACAUUCUAGUGGAUAGAAUGUUUAAUUAGGAGUCAAGAAAGACCUGGCAAAGUUCUCAUGUAGAAGCCAUAUCUAUUAGGCUCUUUGAGGAAAACAUUUAGAAUAAAGGAAUUUCCAAAGUGGAAGGGACCUUGGAGCUCGUCCAAUACAACACUCUCAUUCUAUGAUGAGGAAAUUGAGAUCCAAAACCAUUGUGACUUACCCAAGUUCACAGAGUUACUUAGUGGCAAAAUCAGAACUUGAAAUCAAGUUUUCUACCUCAAAUCCAGUUCUUUUCUCUACCCAAUGCUACUUAGUUUUAGUGAAGAGACAGAGGAAGAUGUCACCAAAGUUGAAGGCUAAUACAAUGAUUUCCUGUUCUAUUUGGAUAUAAGGCAAAAAUCUUUGAAGUAUCUUUCCAAAUAACUUUUUAAUUUGCCCAAUGGAAAAGGUACCGACAGGCAGGAUAGUUGUUUUUUUCCUUUAAUUCUAAAUAAAGAUGGGAUUAGAACUAACUGAAAAGAAUUCAUAGGAGAAUCCAUGAUUAGUUUUAAAAUGUUAUUAUCAAUCCAUCCAUAAAUGAGAUAGGAAAAAAUGAAAAAAAAAAAAAACAUUCUGACAUCAAGCUGAAAUCAUGACUAAUUUCAGAGAAUAUCUGGCUGAGCAUAGAAGCAGACACCAUAAUGUAGAACUGGAAUGAAACUAAGGAGUCAUCUGAUUCAACUACCACUUUAUACCAAAAGACAGUGGUACCCAAAGAAAAUAUGGAGCUUGCCCACAGUCACAUAGAUAUUAAUCAGAGACAACAUUUGAACAAAAAUCUCUUGACUCCAGAUCUAAUGUUUUAUCCACUGUACCAUGGAGACUUCAAUGGGAAAGGCAAUGUCUUCUCUAAGCUGCUUCCCUACUAUUUUGAUUCUAUCCUUUGGUCAAUAAUGGGGGUCAUUUUGUCUAUAGAGUUCCGAAUAUGGAAUUAGAAGAUGUACAUUCAAAUUCUAGCUUAUCUACUUACUGCUUAGGUGACCUUGGAUAUGUUACUCAAUGUCCCCAUGCCUCAGUUUCCUCAGGAAUUGGACUAGGUGAUCUCUCUGGUCCUUUUCAUCUUUAAAUCCAUGAUCCCUGACCUGUCCCUAUAUUUUUGAAAAGAAGUUUAAUUGAAGGUAGCAUUUAGUGAUAGCUCUAGCUCUGGUAGAAGGUGUGAUCAGUUUCCUAGAAGUGAGUUAGGCAGACACUGAUUUCCCUCUCCAACUUCCAGCUCUAUUUCCUAAUCUAAUUUUAAGGCUCUCUGGAGUCUUAUGGCUAUCAUAAUCAAAAUAUGUACAUUGUAGCUUUCUGUCUCUUCACAUAUACCUCAUCAUUCUCCUCUCAAAUUCAAUUGAAAAAAAAAAUCAUCUUAUAUGUUCCUCCCCUGCUAAAAGAAUCAAAUGAAUACAUUUAAAUCAUUUUGGGAGAUAACUAAGAAUAAAAAAAUGAUUUUAACAAGCCCCAACUUUGUGAACAAUUUGUUUUGCCAUAGAUUAUAUUUGAGUUCAAAUCAGGUACCCCCAUCAACAAAAGGAUCAAAUAGGAUGAUAAACUUAGGGAUCUUAGAAGUUCUCUAUCCUAAUCUCUCAAAUAAAAGAUGAAGCAUUUGAGGUCUAGAGUAAUUAAUUAAUCUCAUGAUCACAGAGGAAGAGGCAGAGUGGAGAUUUAAACCCAGAUCUUCUGACUCAAAAGUUCCCCCAAUUACAAAAUUGCUUCCUCUAUCUUUCUAAAAUUCAGAGGUGACCCUCCAUCCAAGCAAUAGAAUAGGCCACGAUAAGGUUUGUCUGCUCAGGUGCAAUGGGUGUGUGUGUGUGUGUGUGGAUGUGUGUGCAUGGAUGAGUGUAUGUGCAAGAGGGAGAGAGACAUUUUGUCUUUUUGAGAAUAAUUUUAAAUAUAAGACAGCUAUAUAGUGCUUUUUGAUUUAAAAUUACAUUAAUUAGACUCACAAUUUUAUGAGCUAAAGAGGGCAGUAUUAUUAUUCCUGUUUUCCAGAUAAGGAAAUUGGGGUUCAGAGAAAUUCUUUGACUUGUCCAAGCUCAGACAGUUAGCAAAAAGCACUUGUAGUUUUGGAGAAGUCAAAAAUUCCAGAUAAGAUUCUAAUUACAAACUUGCCUAGGGACACAUGCAGCAUACAGUUUGCAUGCUAAGGUUGUCAUUUCUGAAUAUGCUUCUUUUCUGCUAUAGCUCCAAGCCAAAUACAUUAUACCCAUAUGUAACCAUUUAAAGUCCUUUAACUAGCAGUGCUGCAGUCAUAUUUCAUUAUAUGCAGAUACCACAAUUUUUUAGCUACUCCCCCCCGCCAAGCUUUACCUUUUAUAGAGGAGGAAACUGAGUCCCAGAGAAGGGUCACACAAUUGAUAGAACUAGACUCCUGUAAAUAAUAUGUCUAAAUUCUCUACCACCACAAUUUGAAAACUGAUGAGGUAACUCUCUUCUCCACUGUUUUGAGUAUUUUGAAAGGAAACACUUGACUUAAUAGAAAACUAAUAAGCAUGGAGUUGCUCUGUAAUUAUAUGAUAUCUGCUCACCAGUUAUUCAUUUAUAAGUUUACAUCUGUGCACAGUAACACUUGUGCUGUACAAUAUGUGAAGCAUAAAUAAUGAUGUAAUUAUUCCAAAAUAACCCAGCAAUUAUCGGAGCAAUUAUAUAUUAGAUUGCAGUUAUUUGUGCCAGUAUAAAGAAAUGGUUACAAAAGCAGAGUUGUAGCAUAAAUGAAUUGCCUUCAGCUCUGUUGUCAUCUCAUGUGGAGGACACAUACCCAGCAAUCAAUGGGGAAAUUUUUAGGCAACCCACCCUCCUCCUAUUCAGUGUAGAAAGGAACUGUCAGCAUUUUCUUCUAAGUGAUCUUGGAGAUCUGGGAUUCUCCUUUCAAGAGAGCCCACUUAAAUAAAAGUGAGGAAAUGUAUCUGUUCGUUCCUGGAUAGGGGGAGGGGGAAGGGGAAGAAAGGAUUUUUUUUUAAAGUUUUCUUUUAAAAGCCAUAUUCCCUGAAAGCUUUGCUCCAAAUCUCUCACUUCUCACUAAGAGGGUAAAGGGUAAGGGGAAGGGCACGUGAAGGGCAAAAAGCAUCUCACAAUUUUACCAUUCAUAAAGAAGCCUAAUGGGGCAUCUGAUUUGGAGCAAGCUGUAUGCUUUGAAAAUAAUAGUUUGUAAAGAUCAUUUUGGAGACAGGAAUAGCAUUUACCUCAUAUAUGGAGUAGACCUGAGCUUUCAUUAAUACAGGGGAUUCACAGAGAAGAAAUUCCCUUUACUAAUAUAAGUCAGCACCUUCUUCCCAACUUUUAUUCUUAAAGCAUUAAAAGGUUAAGUCCAUUGCCCUGGAUAACAUGGCCAGUAUGUGCCAAAAAUAUAGGACACAAUUUUUUGUGGACUUGAACCAUGCCUUCCUAGUUCUUAGGCUGGGUUCCCUAAUCAUUACACCAUGCUGCCUCUCAUCACAUAGUAGAUCCUCAAUAAAUACUUGUUGAGUUAAACUGAAUGGCGCAGAAAUGACUAAGCUUUUCCAGUAUGGAGUUGCUAUGCUUUCAGGUAUAUGGUUUAGCUCUUUAAAUCCAUGUAAUAAGAAAUGUUCAUGUAAUACGAUCCCAUUGUUUUUAUGAAUUGUAAUGAGAAAAUGUCAUACACAUAAAAGAUUAGAAAUGCAAAAUACAGCACUUGGAACACUGAUCAUUUUUAAGCUUCUGUUUGAAUAACUGGCAUUCCCCAAGCUUGAAAUGUAUUUACCAAAGGGAAGGCGAAGCGAAAAUAGCUCAUAUAUAGACCUUGGCAAGUCAUUGAAUUCCUUGGACCUCAGUUUCCCUAGUUAGAAAAUGAAAGGGUUGGACUAAAUGGCCUCUGGGGUCCCUUCCAGCUCGAUAGUUAUGAUUCAGACUCAGUAAUUUCAGGAAGAUUUAAAAACAAACAAACAAAAAAAAAAAAACCCCAAAAAAAGGGAAAAAAAAAUUAAAUUAAACUAUAAUAGCAUAAUGGAGGGAAACUAGCCAGACAAAUCCCUGGGAUGAAAGCAAGUUUAAGACUCUUCUGUCCUUGGCCUGUAGAAUCCCAAAGUGGGCUAAUUAAUGACUACCACAGGGGCUUUAAAGACCAAAAAUCUUACAUUUUCUAUUUGAUGGUCAGCCUUGAUAAAUAUUAGAAAAAUUGUAAUGAUUGGCUAUUAAAACUAGAAAGAACCUCUAAGAUUACCUUCAAAAACUCUCAUUUUACAGAUAAGGAAACUGGGUGUCAUAACAAGGAAGAGAUUUGUCUGAGCUAACAUGAAUAAGCAGAUUUCUGGGAUUUCUACCAAAUUCCUUGAACUCCAGAGCCAGGGAUUUUUCCACCCUAGUACACUGCCCCUUAGAUGAUAAUGAUGGAAUCAGAGUGAGCACUGAGGUAAAUGGAAAUAGCAUUUCAGCUAAAGGGAGGGAAGAGCAUAAGCAUUUUCUUAUUGCCCCAUUAUAUGACAAUUCUCCCCUCCAUAGUCCUUAUCUUGAGAGCAAUUAACAAAGGUUAGUAGUUUUCAUUUGGCAAAGCCCUUAAAUUUCUCUCCAGAUCUAGAAACAGGUUGAACUGCUAGGAAGAGAAAGAGAAAGUGUAAAUUUACAUUAAAAUCCCAAACUCCCAGCUCCUCAGAGGGAACUACCUUGUAUAGAUAGCUUUGAGAUGGGUUCUCUGUUAAAGUGAAACUGAUGGAUUGCAGCAAGUGGAUUAGUGCUCAAGAGGGCCAUGGGAAUAAGAGGCAACAUCUUUACAAGGACUCUCAGCAGAUGAAACAGAUUCCCAGGGUCCUUCCAACUCUACACCUCAUGCUCAAUCCAGGUCUCCAAUCCCACCCAAAGAAUGCUCCUUGCGGGUUGCUCUAUCCCUCCCUGGUAACUGCUCAGAUUUGGUUUUUGGCCUCUCACCAGAAAGGAAAGGAAAAAUGAAAUGGACAGAAGCCAGGGAUUGCCUGUGCAGUGGUUAAGUAAGUCUAGGGUACAGUGUUCUGUAUAGUUAUUGGGCUGUUCCAGUGAAAUGUCUGUGUCUGACAAUCGUGGCUUCAAAGUGCUAUUUAAUGUCUCCACUUGUACAUAUAUUCUCUAAGCUUGGCCUUUUGCUACUAUUGUGAAGUUUAAAGUAGGGGUUCCAUAUACAUACAUACGACUUCAGCUACUGAGACGCUUGCACCCUGUAUCUCCGCAUUACCGCUGGUAAACCAUCCUGCCUUUCUUCAGCAUGUCAACACUUUUGGAACAGCGAUGACAUGCAGAUUAAUGGUUGGUCUCUUGGGCUUUUACUUUGCAAUUUUAUAUAUACAUAAUAUGACUAUAUAUUUAUGGGUUGGUUUUGUACAGUUUGGGGGUUUGCAUCUCCAAGCACCAAUGUUGUCCUGCUAUUUCCAAGAGAAUGUUUUGGAUUCACUGUCUGAGCCCUCUCACUUUGCUUGUGUUUGAGUGUCUCAUCCAAGGGGAUGUAUCCCUGCCUAUGGAUCACUACUACUUUGUGUGCUCUUCUCUCAUGAAUGGAUAUUAUCAUAUUAAACAUAAUGUUCUCAGC